AUGUCAUCGCUCAAGGUUGCCGUGAGGGUUCGCCCCUUUAACACUCGCGAGAAUGACAUGGACGCACAGCUCAUCAUGGAGAUGGAGGGCAAGAAGACGCGCCUGAUGAAGCCCCGGCUGCAGUCGAUCCGCGAUGCCGGACGGGACAAUCAUCAUGACUUCACCUUCGACUACUCGUAUUGGUCGUUCGAUGCAGAGGAUCCGCACUUUGCCACCCAGGAGCAGGUGUACAGCGAUCUCGGCAACGAUGUGGUCGAUUGUGCCUACGAAGGCUACAAUGCAUGUGUGUUCGCCUACGGACAGACGGGCUCGGGCAAAACCUUCACGAUGAUGGGCACGCCGAACAAUCCGGGCUUGAUACCGCGCAUCUGCGAGGAGCUGUUCAAUCGCAUGCGCGUGGGCCAGGAGUCGGGCACGGGCUAUCGCACGCAUGCCAGCUACCUGGAGAUCUACAACGAGCGGGUGAAGGAUCUGCUGGCGGCACAGAGCACCGGACACGGGCUGAGAGUGCGAGAGCAUCGGAGUCUGGGCCCCUACGUGGAGAAUCUGUCGCAGCAUGCGGUGUCCGAUUUCGAUGAGAUUCAGGAAUGCAUUGCUCGAGGGAAUGCGCAACGCACCACGGCCAGCACAAACAUGAACGACACGAGCAGUCGCAGUCACGCCAUCUUCACGAUCACAUUUGUGCAGGCGGUCUUCAUGAAUGACAUGCCAAGCGAGACAGUCUCGAAGAUCCAUUUGGUCGAUCUGGCUGGCAGUGAGCGUGCCAAUGCAACGGGUGCGACGGGUCAGCGCCUGAAGGAGGGGGCGCACAUCAACAAGUCCCUGGUGACGCUGGGCAGCGUCAUAUCCGCUUUGGCGGAGCAGACGAGCGCCGCACACAACAACUCGACGUUGGCCACAACCCCGAACAGUGCCAGCAAGCGGGUGCUGUACAUACCCUAUCGCGACUCCAUUCUCACGUGGCUCCUGAAGGACAGUUUGGGUGGCAACAGCAAGACAAUCAUGAUUGCAGCCCUGUCCCCAGCGGACUGCAACUACAGCGAGACCCUGAGCACCUUGCGGUACGCCAAUCGAGCGAAGAAUAUCAUCAACAAGCCCACAGUUAAUGAGGAUUCCCAUGUGAAGCUGAUUCGAGAGCUCAGGGAGGAGAUCAACAAGCUCAAGUCCAUGCUUGCGGGUGACAUUCAAUCAUUGCAGCCGUCUCUCAAGGUAUUGGCCGAUCUCCAGAAGAAGGAGGCACAGGAGAAAGUACUCACCGAAGAGUGGACGGAGAAAUGGAAGGUGGCCCAGUCGAUUCUGCAAGAGCAAAAGAGCCUGGGUCUGCGUAAGUCCGGUGUGGGCGUGGUCCUCGACUCAGAGAUGCCGCAUCUGAUUGGCAUCCACAACGAUGUGACCACCGGAGUGACCCUCUACAGCCUCAAAGAGGGAGAGACGCGCAUUGGCACCGAGGAGGCGGAGCUGUCGCAGGAUAUCGAGCUGGCGGGCGACGGAAUCCGGGCCCAGCAUUGCAGUAUUGUUCUGAAGGGCGGCGUGGUUACGCUGCAUCCCUGGCCCCUGGCCCAGUGCUGGGUGAACGCCCAUUUGAUUGACGAACCCAAGCAGAUCUCGCAGGGCGACAUCAUACUGCUGGGACGCACGAACAUCUUUCGCUUCAACAAUCCCGCGGAGGCGGCCAAGCUGCGCAAGGACUUGAGUCGUUCGCAGCUGGACAUGUCGCGACUGUCGCUGAUCACGUCGUCGAAGGAGAACCUGCUCACGUGCAGCAUUUAUUCGGACGAGGAUGGGGCAUCGCCCUAUAAGCGCCCCGAACGGCAGUAUUAUCCUCAGUGUCCCAUGUCGCGGGACGAUCCAGAGUUGCAGGAUGAGAAUCGCAAGAUUCUCGACACCAUCGAGAAUGCCUUGAAGCAGCUGAAUGUGGAACGCGUUCAGAUGCACGACCAAUACAAGACGAAGGUGAGGAAGCUGACAGAGGAACUGAUACGCCUGGAGCAGGAGGAGAUGGAUGGCUUGCAGCUACUGAAUUGUCGCGAACAGGAGCUGGUUGCCCGCAAGGAUAUGCUGCUGUGGGAGAAGACCAACGAGAAGGUUCAGAUCGACAUUGUGUGUAGACAAAUUUCAGCGUUUCAGACGCAGCUCGACUCUAAGAAACGCGAUUUCUCUGAGUAUGUAGCGAAAGAAUUGCAGGAACUGCAAGAUUGUGGCAAACUGGACGAGAUGGGCAUGAAGAUCGAGGAAGGCACUCCUCUGAAUGAUGAGCUGCUGUUGCAGGUCUCUGAUUCGUUGGAUCUGUUUGCCGCUCAAUUUAUUAAGGACACUGUUCGCAGAAAUAAUGAGGAAAUACGUAAACUGGAUGAGGAGAUAGCCGAAAAGGAGCGCAUUCUCAAUGCCAGCACCAGCAAGAUAGCCAAAGUGGAUGAGACCAUGCUGGAGAUCCAAGCUCAAUUGGAGCGACUGCGUCUGGAACGCGCCGAGAGCGAGGCCGAGGCGCAGGCGAUGCGUGCCAGGAAGCAGACUAUGAAGCUGCAGCUCAGCAACAAGUCCUUGUCCAUGUCCACCUCGACCAGCACAAACGAGGCAGACGAUGUGUCCAAAUCGGACACUUAUGAGACCUGUGAUACCUUCCAUACCGCCCAAUCGAAUUUCUCGCUUGUCUCAUCGCCCACCAUCACGGAGGGCCAACAGACGCCGCUCAGCAACUGCUCCUGCGAGGCAGAGGAUGAGGCGGAAGACACGCGCAAGGAUGACGACAUUUCAGGCAGCAGCGAAGAUGCCUCACGCACCUGCACUGCCGGCCCAAGCAGCGGUAGUGGCAGUGGCAGUGUCAGUACCAGCACCGGAGGUGGUGCACCCAGUGCAACGCCCAGCUCGCAGGCUAUAAUGAGCGACAGUGGCGUGUGCCUGGACAGCCGAACACAGGCGCUGCUCCAGAAUGGACACGUCAACAAUUAUAAGCAGAGCGUGCGCACCAGUGACGAGGAUACGGGCUCCUGCUCCUCCUGUGAACUAGGUCGGCACUCGGAUAUCUCGCGUCCGUAUUGUCCGCUGCACUCGCUGCGCCGCAAGAUUGCCGCCCAGAAGGCAUUGAUCAUGAAGAACCUCGAAACGGACCUGAACAAGACCCAGUUGGAUGAGCAAAUUGCAGAUCUGCAGGAUCUGCAGAGACGCUACAUUCAAAUGGAGCAGGAAAUGCUCCAGAGCGUGCAGGACUUGGAGGCGCACGCCCAGUGCUGUGCCGACGAGCGGUCCGGAAUGGAGCGGCAGUACGAGCUGGCGAGCUCCAUUAUGCGAUCGAGUGUGAUGAGCCCCACCAGCAUGGAGGAGUCCACAUCGCAAAUCUAUCCACCCAGCAUGACAAGAUCCUGCCCAUCUAUGCGGGAGUUUCCGGCUGAGGGCGAUCACUUCAUAACGAUACCCUCCUUUGUGAUGCGUGGAGCUGGCAAGCAGACGCACUACGAGUACGAGGUGCGCAUCGCCCUGCCCGAUGGCAAACUGAACAUUCUCCGACGCUACAGUCGCUUCCGGGAGCUGCAUUUAUGCAUGAAGCACUGCUAUGGAGCCAAGAUCUCUGCAUUACCAUUCCCACGCCGAGAGCUCUUUGCGUCGAACAGCGAGCCAGUAGCCAAGCAUCGUCGACGCCUUUUGGAGCUCUACUUACGUCGGCUUUUUGUGGUCUGCUCGAAGAUACCACAAUGCCCGAUAUAUGAGGGACCUGGGGGACCGGGCCUCACGCGGGCCUCUCUCGUCCAGCUGUCGUCUUUUUUCAAGAAGGGCCUGUUCGAGAACGGGAAGCAUGGGACGGGAUAAUAGUUAACCUACUGCUGAAUUAUCUCCUGCCUACAGUGUGUCUUUUUAUUUAUUUGUACUACCUGUUAAGCUAUA